AUGCAUCUCACCAGCCUCAUCACCACGGCCCUGGCGGCAGCUGGGACACUCGCGAAAAGCAACAAGGACACGAGCGCAGUAUUGUUAUCCAAAGUCAGAUCUCUCACCCUCCGCGAUGGUUACGAGACUUCUCAUCGGCGUGUCUCGGCCAUGCCACAGCUUAACUGCGUUGGCGGAAACGCCAAAGGCCUCUAUGAUGUCGAGGAGAUGCGCUGCAAGAACUCUGGAUCUCAAUAUGAUGCCGAAGAUGUUCAGUGGACCUGUCAGGCAUCACUCCCACCAGAGUUCAAGCUUGGUAGCACCGAAGUCAUGUGUGAAGGCUACGACUCCCCAGACGAUCCCUACAUCCUCAAAGGCUCCUGUGGUGUUGAAUACCGCUUGAUUCUCACACCGCUCGGCGAGUCCAAAUAUGGGCCUCGCUCUGAAUCUGCAUGGAAAUCGAGAUCGAACAGCCUAGGCGAGGGCGGGCUGAGUGACAAGGUAGCGACGACACUUUUCUGGGUCGUUUUUGUCGGUAUACUGUGUGUGAUUGUCUACAGCGUCUGCUGUUCUGGAACUGGAACGAAUCGUAACAGACUCGGCCGUGGCUUCAACCCUGGCUUCGGCGGUGGCGGAGGUGGAUAUGGCGACGACGAUAGCUCGGAUCCACCUCCCCCGUACACGCCCCGAGCUCCGAAAACCAAAAAGUCUUCCACACGCUCAAGUGCAGGAACCGCGAGCUCCUCGAGCCAAGUCCCUUCAUUCCUAGGCGGUGCAGCAACCGGCGCAGCAGCUGGGUACGCCGCGGGAGCCUGGAACGCAGCUCGUCAAAAUCGCAAUCGAUCUUACCAGGACCCGCCACGCGCAGGUCCAUCAAGCUGGUUUCAGCGGCAAGAACCUACUUACAACGCACCCUCGAAUUGGGGCGCCGGGCCYUCAACCAGCUCUCCAUCGCCGAGUAGCAGUCGUCAUGAGUCAACAGGGUUUGGCGGAACGACUAGACGGUAG